AUGGAAGAGGAGGGCAAACAGGUGCUGGGGGCACUGGGAGCUCUGGAGGCACUGAGACUGGGAGUGCUGAAGUCACUGGGGACACUGGGAGCUCUGGAGGCACUGGUAUCUCUGGGAGCACUGGGACUGGGAGUACUGAGGUCACUGGGAGCUCUGGGAGCACUGAGACUGGGAGUGCUGAAGUCACUGGGGACACUGGGAAUUCUGGGGGCACUGGGACUGCCAAGGCCACUGGGAGCUGUGCGAGCACUGGGACUGGGCGUGCUGGGGGCACUGGGGCAGGGAGUGCUGAGGCCAGUGGGAGCACUGGGGCCACUGGGACUGGGGGCACUGGGGCUGGGGGCACUACUGCUGCUGCUGCCGCCCCCCGCCCCGGCCGAGACCUACACGGCGAUGCUGAGUGUGCGGAGGGCUCUGGGCUCCGAGGGCCACCUGCUCCGCCAGCUGCGAGCCUACCUGAGGGAGGAGAGCACCCGCCUGCGCCGCCUCGCCAGGUUUUAUGAGAAGGUACGGGCACUGCACCAGGACCCUGAGGCCUCGGUGGACAACCCCUUGCUGGCCUUCAGCCUCAUCAAGCGUCUCCACUCUGACUGGCCCAACGUUGUCUACAGUGACGAGGCCACUGAGAACACCCAGGCAUUCCAUGCUGGCUUCAAGGAGGUGGAGCAUGAGCUACCUGGAGCUGAGGACCUGGAUGGGGCGGCCCAGGCACUGAUGCGGCUGCAAGAUGUAUAUGGACUCAGCGUCAAGGGCAUGGCCAAUGGCAUCUUCCAGCGAGCCGGCACCAGCUGCCCACCCCUCUACAGCCCCGGACGGCGCGUCUCCCUCUCUGCUGAUGACUGCUUCCACGUGGGCAAGGUGGCCUACGACACAGGUGACUACUACCACUCCAUUGCGUGGCUGGAGGAGGCUGUCAGCCUCUUCCGCCGCUCCUAUGGCAACUGGAAUCCUGAGGACCGGAGCAGCCUGGAGGAUGCUCUGGACCAUCUCGCCUUCUCCUACUUCAUGGCUGGAAACAUUUCCCAUGCCCUGAGCCUCUCCAAGGAGUUUCUCCAGUACGACCCCAGUAAUCGAAGGGUGGCAAGGAACGUAGUCAAAUACAAGAAGCUGCUGGAGACGGGGACAGUGGCAAGUGCCGUACCUCUGCAACGCCCCAAUAGCACCCGCUUGCAGAGCCGUGACGCCUAUGAGGAGCUGUGCCAGCGCCCAGGGGAUCAGCCAGCCUCAGAGCAUCUCCCACACCUCAGCUGCUCCUAUGAGACAAACGGCAGCCCCUACCUCCUUCUCCAGCCUGCCAAGAAAGAGAUGGUCCAGAUCCGACCUUAUGUGGCUUUGUACCACGAUUUCAUCAGUGAUGCCGAAGCUGAGACCAUCAAGGGGUUGGCAGGGCCCUGGCUGCAGAGGUCCGUGGUUGCCUCUGGGGAGAAGCAGCAGAAAGCCGAGUACCGGAUAAGCAAGAGUGCCUGGUUGAAGGACACCGCUGACCCGGUGGUACAGGCGUUGGAGCAGCGCAUCGCUGCUGUCACUGGCCUGGACUUGCGGCCACCCUACGCAGAGUACCUGCAGGUGGUCAACUACGGGUUGGGAGGCCACUACGAGCCACACUUCGACCACGCUACGUCCAGGAAGAGCCCCCUUUACAGAAUGAAGUCGGGCAACAGGAUCGCCACAGUCAUGAUCUAUCUGAGCGCAGUAGAGGCUGGCGGCUCGACUGCCUUCAUCUACGCUAACAUCAGUGUGCCAGUGGUUAAGAAUGCAGCUCUUUUCUGGUGGAACCUGCGGAGGAACGGGGAUGGUGACGGGGACACCCUGCACGCCGGCUGCCCUGUCCUAGCUGGGGACAAGUGGGUGGCAAAUAAAUGGAUCCAUGAGCACGGGCAGGAGUUUCGGCGUCCAUGCAGCGCCAAUCCCCAGGACUGAACCCCUGGUGUGGGCUCGAGGACACGACACCCAUGGGUGACAAAGCCAUCCUCGUGCAGCAUGGCCCUAAGGCAGCAAGAGGAGGUAGGGAGGGGGGUGGCAGCAGCACGAGGUGCUGGCAGGAGCAGUGGCACUUGCUCAGCUGUGGCCAAAUCCAGUGAAAAUAAAGUCAAAAGAUGCUUA